AUGUUGCCUGCUCCACGCCGAGCUGCGUCGCAGUCUGCCGCACCGCAGAUGACCUGGCCGGACAUAGAGGAUGAUGACGGGUGGCAGGACAUGCCGGUCGUGCGGUCCGAUAACAAUCCUCUCGGCCUAGACGACGACGAUCAGAAGCGCUAUCACUACCGUCCACCCGUCCGGCUUGACUCGUCCGAGCAAGAUGCAGGCAGCAGCUCCAAUGCUACUGGCGCGCACCUAGUCGUUGAAGCAGACACGCUCGUCACGGACUCUUGGCGGCAAAAGAACGAUCUCGACGAAUCCGACUAUACGCGGUUACGGCUGGACGAGGAUGAGGAGUCGGACGCGGUACAUAUGCGGACCAAGUACCUCUUCAACGAGGACAAGGCGAUGACGCCACUGUCACAGAUGCAGGCGACCAAGGAGCUGCUCACAGAGGGUCAGAGGAUCGCCUAUGUUGGCCUGUGCCAUUUGGUUGCGGCGCGGAUGGUGCGGGAUUCGGGGAGGGGGUGGGAGGGGACAAAGCUCAAGCAGAAACUGCUCCAGGUGGCGAAGGGAAAGGGCAAGGAGAAGGCUGAGUUGCCGGUGGUGGAAAGUGCGGGAAUAUGGAUGAUCAAGAUCAUGGCGCGGCUGUAUCAGCAUAUGGAGCUGGAACAGGCUGAGCAAAAGAUGAUCGAGAGCCUGGCAGAGCACGGCGUAGACCCCUCGGACCUCGUACCGGCCCUCAUGACCACCCAUACCGUCAAGAACCCGGAAUUCGACCCGCAAGCGAAAAAGCAGGCCGAGCUAGGCGUUCUCAAAGAGGAAGAUGAGGAGCAACUACCGGCUUAUCGACCUCGCCAGGCGUCUAUCUCCUCUACAAGCUCCGGUCCAGCAGACGCCGCCCUAUCACCCCGACCUCAAUCCACUAUUUCACCCCCUCCUCUCCCCCCUCACUCGCCAUCUCCCAUCACCACAUUACCACUCGUGGACAAGCCCAAGAGCAUCAACCCGUUCGGCGAUGGCGAGGAGGAUGACUCGGACCCCUUCUCCUUCCCUUCGGCCGCUCCUACCAAAGCGUCAACCUCGCGUCCGCCACAAAGGCCGCCGCCAAUCCGCUUGUCGUCAUUCGAAGACGAGGAUGAGGAAGGAGAUAUCGGGCGGUCAUUCUCGCCUGCUAAGCCAGACACAGGAUCUACUUCAUCAUCGUUCCGCAGAUCAUCGGGCGAGGUGGUCACGGCGGUGUCAGAGGAGGUUGGCUCGCCUGGAAGGGAUCCGGAUCAGACUCCGAGGAUAUCCGGGCUGGGAGCGGAUGGCGUCUUUGGCGAGUCGGCGGAGGUGCCCACGCCGACGCAGCCACAUAUUUCCACUCUCUCCCAUUCAGAAGUACCGAUACCAACUACGGAGAGCGUCGACCUAGAGGCAGACAACCCCGACCUACCGGGCAAAGCGGAAGCCCUUCCCUCACUCCCUGGCGUCUCGACCACCCUCAGUAAUCUCGACGAGCACGUCACGCUCGAUAUCCGGUGGACGGUCCUGUGCGACCUCUUCCUCGUCCUUAUCGCAGACUCAGUAUACGACGCCCGGUCUCGCGCGUACCUGGAGCACAUAGCCACGGCGCUCGGCUUCGAAUGGCUCGACGUCGUCCGGUUCGAGAACCGCGUGACGGACGCGCUGGAGAUACAAGAGGCGGUCGAGCGGUCAGACCAGGGGGAAGUGAUAGAGGGACGGAGAAAGGGAGGGGCGAAGCGCAGAUACGCCAUGAUGGGUGCAGCAGCGGUGGGUGGCGGUCUGGUCAUCGGCCUCUCGGCGGGACUGCUUGCGCCUGUCAUUGGAGCAGGUCUGGGCGCGGCUUUCGCCACAAUAGGGAUAACAGGGACGACGGGUUUCUUGGCGGGUGCGGGAGGCGCAGCGGUUAUCACCACAGGAGGCAUCUUGACUGGUGCGAAUAUUGCGGGGACGGGGAUGGGAAGGCGGAUGAGGGAUGUACGGACCUUCGAGUUUCGGCCGCUGCAUAACAACAAGCGGGUCUGCUGUUAUAUCACGAUGGGAGGGUUCUUGGCAUCAAAAGUGGACGAUUCCAGGUUACCCUUCUCGGUCCUGGAUCCGAUCAUCGGCGAUGUGUUGUCGGUAUCGUGGGAGCCCGAGAUGCUGGCGGAGACGGGAUCAGCUCUCAAGAUCUUGACAUCGGAGGUCUUGACGCAGGUCGGGCAGCAGGUGCUGGCUGCUACGUUGAUGGCGGCGUUGAUGAGUGCUCUACAAUGGCCGAUGAUCCUGACCAAACUCGGCUACCUAAUCGACAACCCCUGGAGCAAUGCCCUUGACCGAGCCAAAGCAGCCGGACUCGUCCUGGCCGAUGUCAUCCUCCAGCGGAACGCCGGUGUCCGUCCUGUCUCCCUUAUCGGCUUCUCCCUCGGCUCCCGCGCCAUCUUUUACGCCCUCGCCGAGCUCGCUCGCCACAAGGCAUACGGCCUCGUCCAGGACGUCUUCCUCUUCGGAACGACCGUGACUGCCUCGCGGAUCACCUGGCUCGAAGCCCGCUCGGUCGUCGCCGGUCGCUUUGUCAACGGCUUUGCCACCAAUGACUGGAUGCUCGGCUAUCUCUUCCGCGCUACCAGCGGAGGUAUCAACACUGUUGCUGGGCUGCGGCCGGUAGAGGCGGUCCCCGGACUGGAGAACGUCGAUGUGACCGAGAUCAUCUCGGGGCAUAUGACGUAUCGGAGCAUGAUGCCGAAGUUGUUGGAGAAGGUCGGGUUGCCAGUCACGGCGGAUCACUUCGAUGAGCCUGAUGAUCCCGAGGUGGACAUGAAUGUGCAGGAACGGACGAUUGUCAACGAAGCCGAGGAAGAAGCCAAGAAGGACCGCAAGAAGAUUCUUGGUCUUUUCCCCCGGUCGGCCAAGUCCCGCUCCACCUCUGGCUCGACUACACCACUCCCCUCUGGCCCAAUCCAGCAGGGUGACAUCACCCGUCCAGGUCCCGGUGCGCGGUCAACUUCAUACGACGACGCGGACGCGGACGAGGAUAUGCCACCCCGUGAGGGCGCCCAUACCCCCGGUACCCCCUCCCAGCCAGCUGCCGCAGUCAGUAUAGAGUCCAUCGCCACGGUGGAGGAGGAUGAGGCUGUUCGGAAGAUACCAAAGACUGCCGGGUUUGACUUCGCGGCGAUCUCAAAGGAGUUGGGGAAGGAGAUUGACGUGGACAAGAUCAAGGUGCCGUCGGGCCGGGAGGUGGAGUCCGAAGGGGAAGAGGGCAAGUUUAGGUGGGAUGGGGAGAGAACGGGGUCGGCGCCGCCUCCGGUCAGCGUGGUGGUUCGGCCACCGCCAGGGGAAGCGGAAGCAGAGCCAAAAGGAAUGUACCAGCCAACCCUCCUCCGAAGCGCAUCGUACGACUUCUCGUCGCGGUCUGCAGAAGCCACGAACGGCGAGGAUGAUGACGAAGAGUCCGUCGGCGAUAUAGCAGCCACGGCCGUUCGCGAGCUGAACCUGCGCUCACCAUCCGAUACCGCCGCCUGGGACCGGCCCAGCCCACUCAGAUCCUCUUCAUCAUCUUCCUUCGCCAUAUCCCCUUCCAAUACAUCUCCAUACACCUAUCCCACAUCUAACGACUGGUCUCAUCCUCAAUCAUCGUCAUCGCCCUAUGGCUCAUCAUCAAUACCUCGGCCUGCACCCCCGGCUCGCCCGCAUCCGCCGGAAUUCAUGGCGAAUCCUUUUGCGGGUGGAGAUGAGAGCAAGAAGAGUGGUGGAGGAGGAACAGGGGGAGCAAAUGGGAGUGGGAUGUGGGGAUGGGGGAAGAAGCAGAAGAGUCUGGAAGAUGAGGCGAUCAAGAACCCUUGGUAG